CAGUCGGCGAAGUUUCCUAUUAGUAUUUCUUUACUUUCUCCUUUUCCUAUAUUAUUACUUACUUGUCACCUCCUCUUUCACAUUCUGCCACUUCAACAAAAAUCCCUUUCUUAUGCUCCCUUAAUUCCACCAAAUUUCUCUGCUUUUUCACUUUCUGAAAUAUGGGUCUUUGGGAUUCUUUACUCAACUGGCUUCGUAGUUCAAUUUGUUUUAUAACUCUGGUCCAGCUUGUGUGCACCUCGACGGCUACCUCUCCUAACUUUGUUCGCCUCGCCAAGGCUUGGAUAGAGGGGAAGAAAUCACUUAGCCUAUUCUUUAAACAGGAAAUGGAACUUUCCCUGGUAGGCCUUCAAAAUGCGGGGAAGACAUCUCUUGUCAAUGCCAUUGCUACUGGAGGCUACAGCGAGGACAUGAUUCCGACGGUUGGAUUUAAUAUGCGCAAAGUUACAAAAGGAAAUGUUACCAUAAAACUCUGGGAUCUUGGAGGCCAAAGGAGAUUUCGUACGAUGUGGGAGCGCUAUUGUCGGGGUGUCUCUGCGAUAUUGUAUGUUGUUGAUGCUGCCGAUAGAGACAGUGUACCUAUAACCAGAACUGAGUUACAUGAACUUUUGAAGAAACCUUCAUUAAGUGGGAUACCUUUGCUUAUCUUGGGAAACAAAAUUGACAAAUCAGAAGCUCUUUCGCAGCAGGCAUUGGUCGAUCAACUAGGUCUUGAUUCAAUAACGGAUAGAGAAGUCUGCUGCUACAUGAUCUCGUGCAAGGAUUCUGUAAAUAUCGAUGCUGUUAUCGAUUGGCUAAUUAAGCACUCAAAGACCGCGAAAUGAAGAGCGCUUCCAGGCUUCUUGAUGACCUCUCGCGGAGGAUAUAGUAAUCUGGAAAAUAGAAUGUAGUAUUUGAGGGUCUUGAAAUGAUCUGCUAAUAUAUUUUCUGGCUGAUCUUUCUUUGUUGGUUCAAUAUAGCUUUUAACAAUUCUGUGUAAUUUAAGCGUUUGAACAGUCAUAACUCAUACAUCUUUCAUUAUGAAUUUACGUUGUUUCUUGUGAUUCUAAGAUAA